UUUUCAAAACGGCUAAAGCUUUAUUGCGCAGAGCAGCGUUGUUCAGUAAAGAAGUUUAAAUAAAGAGACGGAUCGUUUGAAUAAUUCAAGGUAAUACAAAGACGUCCAUUGACUGGAAGCUGCAUGUUGGAUGGUCCCUGACGACUGUUUUAUUCAGAUUAUAAACGCUCAUGUAUCCCAAUGAGUUUCACUGACCUAACAUUAGUAACCUUUUCGAGAUUACAUUAGCAUCCGUAGCUAAAGCUAGAGCGGGCUAGCUCACGUAGCUAAGCCUUGAAGACCCUGUGGACCACAGUGGCAUGAGCCUGUAGCCUGAGCAGACAGUCGGCUUGCUUCGUAAUGUAGCGAAGGCACCCUAGUUUACGAAUAUUAUCUGACAUGACACUUUUUCUUACGCCCAAAUCCAUAUUCUGAAUAAUCUUACAUUUAAGUUAAUGCUCUAAACUUGCACCGUAACGUAACAUAAGCAUUUAAGCGUAAACACUAAACUCGUUUCCUUCCUGAUCACAUAAUCGACUAUAGUAUAUGGAAGCCGGUACCAAUAUCCAUCGUAAACUCCAUAAAACCUUUAAAUGAAUGUGCGUGCUUCUCGUGUGUUCCACCGGUAGAUGCUAUACUCAGUAUUCUGGCUUCUUCUACAUUUUUGUCCGUUUGCUGGAAAUGUAAAACAACGCAGUUAAUUUGUGAAUUGAGUUUGACACGAUGUUCUCUCCUCACAAGAGGGGGCGGGACGUUCUGCCCCUCAACGAGAUGCUGGAGCUACCGAACUACAGCAGCCAGCUGAUGCAGCAGCUGUGGGCCCUGAGGAAAGAGGGCCACUUCUGUGACUGCACCAUCCUGGUGGGAGAUAGCCCGCACCGCGCACAUAAACUGGUACUGGCCGCCUCCAGCAUGCUCUUCAGGUCUCUCCUGGACAGCUCCGACACCAUCUCCAUCGACACGGCCAUGGUGUCCUCGCAGGAGUUCAGCUGUCUGCUGGACAUGGUCUACACCGGCAAGCUGCCUCUCGGCAAACACAACGUGGGCCGCAUCGUCGCCGCUGCAGACAGCCUGCAGAUGUUCGACGUGGCUGUCGGCUUCAAAAAUGUCCUCACCAGUCUCGUGAGCCAGCAACCCUCAGUCCCAGUCGUCGCUACACAGACCCAAGGCCUCACCGUGAUCAACAAAGCCCAGAUCAUGAACCCUGAAGGCUCAGCUUCACCUGGCGAGGACUCGACUCCAGACAAGACAGAGCUUAAACCUGAGCUGAAGAAGAAAGAGGGUCAGAGUGACAGUGAGGACGCAGAGGAACCAGCAUGUAAAAAAUCCUGCGUGGAGCUCUCUGAGUCCUCAGAGGCCGAAGAAGCCAAAUCCUCAGAAAGUGAAAAGGAAGAAAAUAACACAACGGCAGCCGAGGCAUCGAGUGGGCCUGCCACUGGUUUUCUGGAACAUUCCUCUCAGCUUGUGGAGCUCCUCAGCAACAUGUCGUCUAUCCUGGAGCUGCUGAGCCAGGCAGCGCAGAGAUGCCUGGACGGACAGGAGAGACAGGCCGCGUGUCAGUGCUGUGGGGAGGAGGAGGAGGCAGACCCCAGACCAGCGCUGGAUAGGCUGGUGAGCCAGCUCAAUGAGGGAGCGCUCCUCAGGCUGCUCCGCGCCGUUCAACACAAAGCUCCCUCCUCCUUUCCCUCACCGCUGCUCUCUCUGGUGGAGCAGUUGGAGAGGAACUCACAGCCACCACAUGGAAACCAAGCUGAAGGUGACUCAGGGAAGCAGAAUGGCACAAGAAGUGAAGAAAAGCAGGAGGAAGAGGAUGAGGAGGGAAGCAUCAAGGAGGAGACAGAGGACGAGGAGAAGGUCCCGAAUGCUACGCCAGACUCCUCCUCCUCCUCGUCCUCCAAGCCCUACUCCUGUCGCUGGUGCAAGAGGGGCUUCGCCUACAAGUGUCGCAUGCUGGCCCAUGUGAAGCGCUGCUCCAUGUCCCAGGAGUGUGAGCAGCAGUGCCCUCAGUGCCCGGAGAAGCUGGCCAACCAGCGGGCCCUGCAGCGGCACCGGGCUGAGGCCCACCGCAACACCACGCGGGCGAAGAAGAAGAAGGUGUCCUGCGACCUCUGCGGGAGGACCUUCGCCCACCCAUCAGGCAUGAUUUACCACAAGCGCACCGAGCACUUUGAGGAGAAACCGUUCGCGUGUGAGGACUGCGGCGCCAAGUUCGGCGCCAACUCGUCUCUGAAGAAUCACAUGAGGCUGCACACAGGAGAGAAACCGUACCGCUGCAAACACUGUGACAUGAGCUUCGGCGUGGCUGCUGCACUUGCAUACCACACCAAGAAGAAGCACUCUGAGGGAAAAAUGUACGUGUGUCAGUAUUGCAAGGCUGUCUUCGCCCAGUCCAUUGAGCUGACGCGUCACGUGCGAACACACACUGGCGAUCGGCCCUACGUGUGCAGAGAGUGUGGCAAAGGUUACAGCCAGGCCAGCGGACUCACCGUCCACCUGCACACCUUCCACAAUAUGUCAGAACCUCAUGACUGUCAAAAGUGUUGUUUGAGCUUUUCCUCGCUGGAGGAGCAUCGCCAGCACAUCCAGGAGUUCCACCCAAAGGAGUUCCACAAGUGUCCCACAUGUAGCAAGGUGUUCACUAGCGUCGCCCUGCUGGACAAACACGCAGGCACACACACCGGGACCAAGCCCUUCAGCUGCGACCUCUGCAACAAGUCUUACCAGCAACUGUCAGGCCUGUGGUACCACAACAGGACCAACCACCCAGAGGUGUUUGCUAACCACACGCGGCAGCUCAAGACCCUGGUCCAGUGUGACAUCUGCUUCAAGUUCUUCCCCAGCGCCGCCACUGUGGCCAAACACCAGGCUGCUGAGCACCAAGGCUGCGCAGCGGGGGCGGUGCAGUGCCCGUACUGCCCGGCCCUGUUGGGCGGGGAGGAGGAGCUGCAGGAGCACGUCAGCAGCCAGCAUGUCGGCGGCCAGAGCGCCGAGGUGUUCAGCUGCCCCCUCUGCCCCCUGGUGGGCUCCUCCCAGCUGGAGCUGCAGGAGCACCUGCUCUCCUGCCACAUGGAGACACAGGGGGCCGGGGAGGAGCAGGCCUCCACCUCCCACACAGUGAUUGCAGCAGAUCCAACAGGCAGCGAAGGGGCGGAGUCAAUCCUCUCUGAGGAGCAGGCACAGCUGGCAGCUGCCCAGCAGGUGUUUGUGGCUCUGGCAGGUGGAGAGAGUGAGUCGGCUGCGGAGGUAGUGGAGGUCAACAUGUAUGACCUGCUGAACAGCUCGGUCACCUUCAUUUGCGAGGACAAACUGCCAGGUCCUGACUCUUAACCAUGAACUAUGACCCCUGGAGGAGGAGUCCGGAGCCUGCAGCAGCUUUAUGCUUUCAUGACUCUUCUCAUCAUUAAACAGCUACGACUCUGACACAACUCACACAGCCAGGACUCUUUGUGAUGUAGGUUCAUGUCUAGUCCACCAUCAUCGUUUCUGUUGUAGAGCUGUUUUGCAAUUAAAUGUGGUGAACGUGUGUUUGUGUUUGACACAACUCUUUAGCCAACGUGGGUUUCUGUAUAUAAUGUCAAGUCAAAGGCAGAAAAACAAACCUGAGCUCCGUCAGGCUGCCUCGGCCGUCGGAAUGUGGCCACGAGUCAUCUCACGUAGCCAGGCUUAUCUCCACAGCACGAAGGAAGGGUCUGAUCAUUCUGGUAGAGGGGAAAAUGCUCUGGUUUGUCUGUCUUUCAACCAAUCACAAUUGUCUUGGGCGGCGUUAAAUACAGAAUGCAUUGACGGUGCCCUUCAAAAUAGAUAGAAGCCAAUGUCAGGCUUACACCCAGCGGUGUAGUGAUGGUUGAUGACGUGGGUGUACUAGAUGGACGGGAUGGUUACUGAGGAGGAAGUGGUUAUACUCUGCUAGAUAUUCCGAUGUAUAUAUAAUACUGAGUGUAGAUCUACCGCUUCUACUCCCAGUCUGUACCCGGUGAGUCAGACUAGGCCAUGAGUAGAGUGAAAAUGUAUGUCCUUGGAAAAAGUUUUCAUGGAUACAACUUUUACAAAUGUUUUAUUGAGCUUUUAAAAACAACUCUGCAAAUUCCCUUCACCCAUUUGUGCCCAAAGACUAUAUUUAGUAUGAUAAGGAAAAAUGACACAUUUGUUCUGAUUCGUCAAGACUUGAAAUUUGGUUUGGACUUAAUAUGGGCAAGUAUUUAACAGUAUAACUUAUAAUAUUUAAGAUGACAUCAACAAUCACACUUUUACCAAUGGUCAAAUGAAGGAUUUUUUUGUAAAAUGAUGAAAAACACUGAAAUUGUGUUUAAUAAAUGUCUUGCAUAUCUAUUUGUACACUGUACAUAUCUUUGAUAUUCAAUUUGAUUGAUUACUUCAUAGAUUUUUAUAUUCUAUUUAUAUAUUCCAUAGAAAUAAAAGUUGCACAGAACUAUUUUAAGUCAUAGAGCAGAUGAAAACAAUCACUUGAGGAGCUGUUCUCUCCUAGUUCCAAAGAGUUUCAAUGCCCUUCAGGAAGUAUGCCGUUUGCUUCUAUUAAACCUCAGAACUCUCUUUUCUGAGGUAACUAUGGACUGGAUAACUAUAAGAAAAACAUAAAAUACUGGCAGCUUUAUUCUUUGAAAUGCUGAGGCUACAACAUAAAGAUGGCUGCAUUGCAUUCUGGGUUGUUUGCAACUGAAGGGUAGAAACAAGUAUCACUCUUCUACACUGGACGUGUCAGUGAGAAACGACAGCUCCGGAAAUGUUCUCUAACAUGUAGUUUUUACAUUUGUUAUUCCACGUAACCAGGAACAUGUGGCACCAUCAAGACAACUCGUCCAGAAAGGGUUUAUCGCCAGUAGAGAAAUGGUCUUCAAGGGUGGAUUUGUCUCAUUUGAAAUAAAAAGCAAAUAAUGCAAAAUCAAAUGUAGUUAUUUGUUUAUUACAGAAGGUUCACACCUAACAAAUACAAACCUACAACUUCCAUUGUGAUCACCUCAUGCACGCUCAAACAGCAAAGACCUGAGAAGCACGCUGAACACAUUCAAUAAAGAAGUUACAAAAUUAUUUUCUACAUUUAUUGCAGUACAUGCUUUUCACCCAAGGUGAAGUGAAACCAGAUUGUUGAAAAUAGCUAACAAAAGCAUCAAGGAAGAGCAGUUAAGAAAAAAACAAAACAUCUUUCUAUCAGUAGAAAACCGGAUUUUAAUGAAGGAAAAGUAAAAUGUCAAAUCUCGUUUGGGGAAGAACUCCUGGACGGCGUUGCAUACCAUUACCCAGCAUUAAGCACAUUCUACAUGUGAUGUGUAGAGUUAUCUGUGUCUUGCUGUACAUAAGUCACACUGUAGGUACCGCUGCUUGCAGUCUGAAGGCCAUCCAAUGAUUUGUAAUGGAUUUAACACUAGGUCUGAUUCAUAUUUGCAUAAUCUGCCUAGUAGUGAAUAAGACAAAGAGGUUGAGGCAAGGUGCUGGAGGAUCAGUACAUACAACAGGUCUGUUCAUCAGCUUUAAAAAAGGCUCGGCAUUCAUCGGCCUCAGCAGGCUCUCCCUGAGUGUUCCCUGAAAUAACAGGUGGACUAGACGGCUCAGGGCUUUUAUUAGGCCGGUCGGGGGCUCCCGUGCUGUAAAGCCACCCAACAACAGUAUCAAAUGGGUUGAAUUGUAUUAGUAGUUUGGUGAGAUUUGAAGUGAAUUACUAGAUUAAAAAGCCAUGGGAUCAUCACUGUAAUAUCCUGAAAAAAAAUGUCCUCAAUCUUUAUAAAUUCUUGUAUGACUCCUGUAUGACAUGUCUGAUGUUUAAAAUGAUUCCUAAUCUCGCACCAUCUCCUCUUUGAGAGGCCUGGUCUAUGCCGGCAGUGGCAGUACCAGUAGGACUAGAGCAUCUACUGGGUUCAGAGAGAGACCUCUGGUCAGUCUGCUCUCUCUCUGUAGAAGUAGUGGGAAGUGGAUUUCUAUACCCACAAACAUUAUAGACUCUGGAACUUUGGCUAAAGGCAGCGCUAAAGUGACACCACCAAUGAUUACCUAUGAGUUUAUCCUACCGAGUCUAUUCAUUCUAUCACACUGAUUGACUUUUAUGUAUCGUGUUGUUUUAUCUAGUGUAUACGUUGUCUUGCUAUUGUUGCCCAGAUAAAAAAUGCGCCUCGGAGACGUAAAGCCCUCUGAUGUUCAUUUAUAAGGAAGCUGGUUUUGAUUCAUUUCACCUUGACUUAUAACUAGUUCUGAAUUGGAUGGAAAAGUGCAGUUAUUGGUACAAUCUUUCGGUCUAUCUUGCAGAGAUAUUGAGCGGACUGGACAGAAGUCUUUUGUCCUUUAUGACGUAGCAACACAUUAAUUUUUCCUUUUGAUUACUACAACAAACGAAACACAAAGAGACAAAGAUAAGUAGUAGCUCAUGAGCCAGAGGUGCUACAUGUAGUUUAUAACAUGGUAAUGCUAUCAAUGCUAUCAUUUUUAUAAUCAAAUGAAGAAACCAAUUUGUAACACCAAUGAUAAUGCUAGAAGACAUUUCAAAUGCCUGAGCUGGCGGCUCGUAGCUAACAGCGCUAACAGUGUUGACCUGAGGGAGAACCAGAGGAUGCUUUAUCAGCUGUAUCCGCAGGUAGACAUUACUCCACUAUUCCUUUACAUAGCUAAUAGUUGUUUGCUGCUGUAUUAAUGUUCAGAGUGUCGUAUGUUGCCGCUUUAAUAUAAAAAAUGUUGAUUGAUGGAACUUAAUGCUAAACUGCUUCAUGUAGCACCUCUGAGCAGCCAAGACAGACACAACACAAAAUAUCAUAAAUGAAUAAAUAAAUAGAAUUUACAGGCUGGUAUAUAAUCAAACAUAAAAACAUAAACAGCAUUUCCCUUCAGAAACCAGUCUCUACACACUGUCUUUGAGACUUCGUCACUGCAUAAGUAGUGCAAAUGUUCCUCUGGAGAUAAAAGACGUUCAGGUGUCCUCCAGCUACACCGAUGGAAUUGCCUCCAGUAGUUUGGAUCAAUGACCGUGUCCUACUCGUCCUGCUCCAUGUGUGUAUACAUAGUGUCAUUCGAUUCUUUAAAAAUGUCUUUGUGUUUCUUAUUAUAGCAGGAGUCAAAGAUGCCAACGUUUAAGUGUUUUUAGCUGCAGUUCUUCUACUGGCCACUAGGAUGUAUCAUUUUAAAAUAGUGCACACAACCUAGUAAUGCAUACAGUCCAAUUAAUGACUACUGCCCAAGAUGUUUAUAAUUUGUAGUUUAAAAUCACUUCUUCCAAUUCAUUACAUAAUUACUGUGUUAAUCACUUAAUUGAUUUAUCAAAUGGAAUACUUGUAACUCUCCACACUAAAACACAUCUGCUAGCCUGCUGCUAACAACAAAGACUCCUACUGCUACAGUCACUUCACACAAUAACGUGAGUGGAAGAUACUGAACCCUAAAUGUCUCCCUUUCUCAUCAGCGUGCGUGAUUGGUUUAGAGUGUGACGAGCAGGUGGCACCUAGCAUGGCAGCCUCUGCCAUCAGUGUAAGUGUUGAUAUGCAGUUACAAGCGCUACAAGUCUCCAGAAGACUAGAAAGUUGUUAUAUAAAUGCAGACUGUGGGACUGCCAGCAUGUCGAGCUAUUCUUUAGUUAUUUUACUUUAGGGGAGCACUCUUCAAUGUGAUUGUCUGGGCCUCUGACUACAAUGUAGACCCAAUAUGGCCACUGAGAGAACAAAGAGGAUCUGCCUCGUGCUAUGUGCUUCCUAGCUUGUGAUCUUCUUGCGGGGCAGGUAGGCAUUCGUGAUCUGGUUCAUCACCACCAGAGCGGGGAAGAGGGGCAGCAGGAGGAAGCCCCACCAGGCCACCCCUUUCACCGUAGCCUGGAACCAGUCUGAGAACAUGGCCGACACCACGGUUACCGUGGCCAACAGGUAGACCAGCAGACCACAGGUGGCGUGGUACAGCUUCAGCCUCAGCGGAGAGGAGGACAGACGCAGCAGCUUAGGGAAGAUCAAGCAGAUACCGCAAGACGCUUGGAGCACGGUGGCAGCCAAGGUGCUGAUGCCCAACCAACUGUGCCAGGUGACCAGGUGGGGGAGCUCCGACACGUUCUUGCUGGCCAACAUGAAGCCCAGGCCAGUGGCCGCAGCUAUCAGGACCAGAGCCUGACAGAACCAGUGGAGACGGACUUUACACUUCCGAGAUUUGAAACAAA